UGGAGAGGUAUAUAAACAGCAGUGUUUAACUUCCAGGGUGCUUUCGUCUGUGGGUCGAUCUCUAUCAUGUCACCUCUCUGUGUUUUUGCCAUCUUCUCGGCUCUCCUGUGCUCCACUCAGGGCUACUAUAUAAAGGCUUUGUUUGAAGAAAAAUCAGAGGAAGAAGUCAACAGCAUAGAAGCUGAUGAAUUUGCUGUCUCAACCCUACUGGAGAGAGCCAAUAUCCAUGUUGGGGAGGGUCUGGAUGAGCCAUUGGUCAUGUACGGAGACAUUGCAGUAAAGACAGGACUGCAAAAUGCUGAUCCUUGCACGGCUAAAGGCUGCAAGUGGCCCAAGGCUGCUGACGGCAAUGUCUAUGUGCCCUUCACCAUCGCCAAAGUCUACUCAUCCCGGGAGAGUUCUGUCAUCCUGGAUGGUCUCAACUCCUUCGCCGUCUCCACGUGUGUCCGCUUCAUCCCCAGGACAACACAGAGGGACUUUGUGGACAUCCAGUGUCGCUCAGGAUGUUACUCGUAUGUGGGUCGGCAGGGGUCUGGUCAGGUGGUGUCUCUGGCUCGGAAUGGGUGUGUGUUCCGUUCCGUGGUCCAGCAUGAACUGCUGCACGCCCUGGGCUUCGACCACGAGCAGACCCGCUCUGACCGUGAUCAGAAUGUCCGUAUACUACUGGAAAAUGUCAUACCCGGACAAGAACACAACUUUAGGAAGAUCAACACCAACAACCUGGGUACUCCGUAUGACUAUAAUUCUGUCAUGCAUUACAGCAGGUAUGCCUUCUCCAAGAACAGAGAACCCACCAUCAUUCCCAUUCCAGAUAACAACGUGGUCAUUGGCCGGGCCACACAAAUGAGUCCUAUGGACAUCAUGCGCAUCAACCUCCUCUACAACUGCAAUCGCAACAUGUUUGGCUCAAUAGAAGAGUAGCAUAUUCUGAAGACGUAAUGUUCAUAAGAAAAGCUUUCUGUAUUGUGCAUAAAAAUUGCAUUGGCAAACAUUUUCAUGUCAGCUCAAGUCAUAUUUUGUGGUCUGUACCAAAAUCCUAUCAAAACUGAAAUAAACAUUGCAUUUGUUUGCGUACUA